UUGGUCCGUUCGCCGCUGUUUUCACCACAUGACACCCAAAAUGGCCGCCUGCGACGCGAGUAAAGACGGUCAGGACAGUAUACUGGAGCCGCUGUGUUUUCCAGAGCAGCCAGCUGAUGGCACCAGUGCUCCCAGUCUUCAGGGCCCCGGCUCAGAGCUGCUGGUGUGUCUGUUCUGCCCCGAGUCCGUCCCCCUGCAGCAGAAAGACCUCCUCCUCAAACACCUGCUGCUGGAGCACAAGCUGGUCAUCGCAGACGUCAAACUCAUCGCAGACCUCCCAAAGUACAUGUUGUACUGGAAGGGCAGAUUCCUGGAGCAGCCGGUCACAGAUUUCUGCAGCGUGAUCAAGACAAACUCGACCGGACCUGUCGAGAAGCAGGAGGACUAUUUCCUGCUGUGUGACGUCCUUCCAGAGGACCGAAUCCUCCGAGAGAGGCUCCAACAGAAACGACUGGAGGAGGUGUUGGAGCAGCAGCAGGCGGAGAGAGACGACAGCAGCUUCCAUCACGUCUGCAUGUUCUGCAGCGAAGAGUUCACAGGAAACAGGUCGUCUCUGCUGAACCACAUGGCCCGAGAACAUUCCUUCAGCAUCGGACUGCCGGACAACAUCGUCUACUGCAAACAGUUUCUGGAGACUCUGCAGAACAAACUGGACAAUCUGCAGUGUUUGUACUGUGAGAAAACCUUCAGAGAUAAAACCACACUGAAGGAUCACAUGAGGAAGAAAGCUCACCGCCGCAUCAACGCCAGCAACCACGAGUACGACCGCUUCUACGUCAUCAACUACCUGGAGCUCGGGAAGACGUGGGAGGAAGUGCAGAGUGAGGACGACCGCGAGCUGGUAGAUGACGAGGAUGAUGAUUGGUCGGACUGGCAGGCUCACCCAGUGUCUGCUGUGUGUCUGUUCUGUGAUCAUCAGUCAGAGACGAUGGACCAGAUCUACACACACAUGAAGGAGGCUCAUGGCUUUGACCUCCACAAGCUGAGGACAGAACUGAAUCUCAGGUUCUACCAGCAGGUGAAACUGGUGAACUUCAUCCGGCGGCAGAUCCACCAGAGCCGCUGCUACGGCUGCCAGGAGAAGUUUGACUCCAGAGAGGACGCCGUCCGUCACAUCGUGGCUGACGGUCACGUGAUGAAGCUGCCGGACGUGUCGACCUGGAACCAACCGCAGUAUUACUUCCCCACGUAUGAGAACGACGCCCUCCUCUGCACGCUGUCCGACAGCGACGAAGACGAAGGUGACGAAGUGAAUCACGGCGAGGACGUCCCGGUUAUCGCAGAGGACAUCUCCAACCUCAGAGCGCUGAAGCAGACCAGCGUCCUCAACCAGCUGCUGAAGAACAGAAGCUCCAGCAGUUAGGACCAGGGACAACGGCUGGACUUUGUUGGGACUGGUUGUCCUCUGAACACCGGAGCUGAGGAAAACCUGCCGCAUCCUUCAACGUGUCCUCACUGCAUGUGACUACGUAAUGAGACGCAAUGUUGGACGCUGUCCUCACUGACUCUGUUGCCAUGGAGCUGUGAUGGAGACGGAUUGAUGAGUUGUGUUCUUACGUUUUAGACAGAAAACACACGUUGUGUUCUGGGAUGUUUCCACGUUUCUCUCCUGGUUUUACUGACCAGAAACUUUCAGCUCGCUCCAACCAGCUGACACAUUAUUUAUGAUGUUGUUGUAGAAGGAGACGCUCCAACAGGAAGUGAUGAAAUCAGGCUGAUCUUGCUGGUGUGAACCUUCUGGCACUUACACAAAGCUCUUCAUUAAAACAAGUGAUGCACUUUAAAGCCAUCAGCAGCUUUUACAGAAGAGCAGCUCAGCUCAGAUGUUGGUCAGCUCUUCUGCCUUUACUUGCUGCUAAUUUCCAUUCAAGCAUUAAAGUUAAAUACAGGCACGUUUCCUUGAAUAUUAGAUUUAUUACCGAAGGUAAAAACUUUGUUCUGUCCUGUAAAUGAAAUUCAAACUACAGCUUGUCCUGAAUGACUGAAGGUACAAACAUGACAACAGAUUAAACACUCAGUCUGUUAAUAUUAAGACUCCCUGAGCUUCACACGGGACGCAGAGGAUUCAGAGACAAACAUCUUUCUGUUAAAUAAACGUUGGGUUCUUCUA